CAGUUGAUGGGUGUGAGGAAGGGAAACGAGGAUGUUGCCAACAAGCAGGACAAGCAGCAGUCAGUUCAGCGUCGCAGUACAGAGCUCCAGAGCCAGCGUUCUGCCAUGCCGCGCUCCUUCCUCGUCAGGGCCAAACGAACCCACCCGCCCGGCCCGUCUAAGGACUACUGCAGAAAACAGCCCCAGCCUGGACCAGGCGCUGAGGAGGAGGUGACGGGGCACGGUGGGCGGCCUGAAGCCGCCGUGCUGGGGGUCAGAGACCUGCUGGCUGAAGGACCGAGGACAGACCGCGCUCACACCGACGACCUCUGGCCUCCAGCCCCGGCUGAGACAGGAGACUCUUCUCCACUGGGCUCUGCGUGGCUGCCAGGCAGACGGGGGUCCGACAGAGAGAGACAGCUGGAGAGACUGGUCUUCAUGCUGCUCAACCACACGUCACACACCGACCUCAAGUCGCCCGUCAGAGAGUGUCCGCUCUGCGAAAAGUCUGUGUCGGAUGUCCUCAUGUCUGGAAGUGGUCUCCAGGACUUUGUUUGCGACGGCGUCUCCGUCCCACUGCCGCGGACACUGGGACCCCUGCACGUGUCUCACGGGCCCUUCGGCUUCAGGGCGGUGGGCGGCUACAGCAGAGCCAAGGAGCGCAGCUUCGGCUGCAAGGUGUGUGGGAAGGUGUUCAAGCGCUCGUCCACGCUGUCCACUCACCUCCUCAUCCACUCCGACACGCGGCCCUACCCCUGCCAGUACUGCGGCAAGAGGUUCCACCAGAAAUCAGACAUGAAGAAACACACCUUCAUACACACAGGUGAGAAACCGCACAUUUGCAAGGUGUGCGGUAAGGGAUUCAGCCAGAGCUCCAACCUCAUCACCCACAGCCGAAAGCACAGCAGCUACAGGCCGUUCAGCUGCCCCGGCUGCCAGCACACGUUCCAGCGCAGGGUGGACCUGCAGCGCCACCAAGAGACGCAGUGCGGCUACGGAACCGUGUACAGCCAGACCUGAGCACACGCACGCACAGACAGGAGGAAUGGACAUUUGUACAGAACUUUGAAUCAUGCAUAAGUGUAAAAAAAAAAGACUAAAUAAAGAUGCUUUGAGCAAACACGUGUGGCCUUAAAGAUGGAAAGUCUUCAUGAAUACAGUUGGACUGUGUGCUCUACAAACAUGUAUCUGCUUUGUUUGCAGUUUCUAAUGAUGUGAUUUACAUAAAUAAAU